GGAGUGUCAUUUUCGUUAGUGUGAUAGGAUUCAUCUCAUUCUCGUGAAAGGUUUGUUGUUAAACAAUUCAUUAUUCUAUAAUCAAACGUUCUGUUGCGCUCGGUGAAAACAGUUUGAUACAUGUGCGUCGUUUCGUUCUCGUUUGUGUAGCUGACAGAGGAGAGCUAAGCUCGGCUCAGCUAUUUUUUUUUAAGCCCGAGCUUGCUUCGCUACCGCCUCAAGAGCCCCGCGCUUUGCAGCAGGGACCCCAGCAGCACGCGGACCGGUUCCUGUCCAGAAAGAGCCCUAUUAUGGCGGACGUGCUUGACCUGCAUGAAGCCGGCGGGGAGGACUUCCCUAUGGACGAGGAUGGCGACGACAGCAUUCACAAGUUAAAAGAAAAAGCAAAGAAGAGAAAGGGGCGAGGUUUUGGGACUGAUGCAGGAGCAAGGUCCAGAGGGAGGGAAGACUAUGACACUGUGGAGCAAGAGGGUGAUGAACCAGGCCCUCAGAGAUCUGUAGAGGGCUGGAUCCUUUUUGUAACUGGGGUACACGAGGAAGCCACAGAAGAGGAUAUCCAUGACAAGUUUGCUGAGUUUGGGGAGAUCAAGAACUUACACCUGAACCUGGACCGAAGAACAGGCUACCUCAAAGGAUAUGCACUGGUGGAGUAUGAAACAUACAAAGAGGCCCUGGCUGCAAUGGAGGGACUGAAUGGCCAAGACCUAAUGGGGCAGCCUAUUAGUGUGGAUUGGGGGUUUGUGCGAGGACCUCCUAAAAGCAAGAAAAGGGGUGGGCGAAGACGCAGCAGAAGUCCUGACAGAAGACGACGCUGAUCUGAGGCUCUAGCUGCAGUUUUGCUCAAGGCACAUCCACCAGUCAAUGACAUAAUGGCAGGAAUAUUUCUGUUUGCGAUAAUGAACUUUCCCUGUUACAGGGGAUUUUAUUACUGUUUAUUUCUUGGCAAUUAAGAUAUUGUUGUUCGCUGUAUUUUGGAAAUAUUUCAGUUUUUACUGGCUAACGUGUUUUUGAUGUGUAUGUUUAUCACCCAGAUGAAAAUGGUCAGUCUUCUUUGCCUUGAGAGUUUUAUUAAGCUGAAUAAGAAGGGUGUUACUGUUUGUUAGAGUAAAGUCAUGCCAUUCUUUUUGUAAUUACAAAGAAAUGGACUGCAUGUUUGUGUCGGACCAAAGGCUUUAUUAAUGAGCCUAAGUCUGUGUUAAAGUGACCCCUAGCCACAUUGUUUGUGUGUUUUGAACAGGACUAAUGAAAUGAUCCAUAAUAUAUCCUACUGAAUAUUAUUAACUUCAAUACAAAAUGUCUGUGAUAAUUAAGAAAGAUUUGGUUUGCACAAACCCUUUUACAUUAAAGUAGUUUUUUUAUUUCCUUUCCUCUUUAUAUCUAAUUGGGUCAACUGUAUUUUGAAAAUAUUAUAAACAUGAACAGGUACUGUAGGAAACUUCACUGGUCAGCUUGAUUUCCCCUAACAAGUGAAAGCCAUCUUCAACAUACAGACAGUGCAAACCACCCCCAGGAAAUACCGAAAGGUACAAGAGCUGAGGAUCAUCAACAUAGCUUUGACACAAUAAAGAUUA